AUGUGCCAAGUGGGCCACCUCGAUCCCAGCGGCCUCCGAAAUGUGCUGAUGAAAACGGGGCUCAUCCUCCUCAUCGUCGGGCACCUCAACUUCAUCACCGGCGCCCUGGUCCACGGCAGCGUCCUGCGCUUCGUGGUCACCGCCCGCGAUGCCACCUCCCUGCACUACGGUGUCACCAACAGCGCCUCUGUCAUCGCUGCGCUGCUGAUCAUCUCCUGCGGAGUCUCGGCCCUGCUGCUCUCCCGGUACCUCAGCCCUGCUGCCCUCGGCCGGGCGCUGCUGGCCCCCUGCUCCAGCACCGCCAGCGGCCUCGCCCCGGUGUCCCGCGAGUGUCCCUUCGACCCCACCCGCGUCUACAGCUCCACGCUGUCCCUCUGGGCCGUCUCCCUCCUGCUGGAGGCCAUGGGGAUCUUCUUCAGCGUCCGCUGCCUCCUGCUCACCCUCGAGCUGCUCCGCCUCGGCCGCUGCUGCCGCGGGAUGCUCCGCAUGAAGCUCUCUCUGCAGGAAGCCCCCGUGGAGACCCCCGAGCCCGGGCAGUGCCUGGCCUUGCUGAGACUGGACAGUGGAGAAACUGCCCGGCUCUGA